CAUUCGCGAUGCUGGGGUUCGUGGGACGCGUCGUCGCGCGUGGAGGCCUUCGGACGACUGGCCGUCGAUGGAGCUCGACCCUCGACGAGACUGCGUACAUUGAGCAGUUGCAGCUGAAGGAUAUCAAGAGCAAGGCCUUUUACGACGAGCAGGCCGGGCGCCGCAACUACUUUUACUACGUCGACCUCCAGGGCCAGCUCUUUCUCGAGGACAUGGUGCCCAAGAACAUUGCGACGUCCCUGAAGAGCCCCAAGUUCCUCAAGUUCUUCUUCCACAUGCUGCGGCCGCACGCGACGACGGACCUCCAGUACGUCACGGCGUUCCUCGAGUACCCGUACCGGUCGCCGUGCGGGCCCGAGAUGAACUACAUCAAGGCCGCCGACACACCGAUCGUCGUCACCGAGCUCCAGAAGCAGCCGUCGCAAUGGCUCUUGCGGACGAACGCCGACCCCGAGGCCGACGUGCCUUUUGCGCCAGAGUCGCUCGCGAUUUCGGCCACGACCGGCCGACUCUACCACUGGACCGAAACCAAGUACGUGCAAGGCUACAGCCUUGUGCGGUCGCAAGUCGCUGUGGAUAUUGCCAACUCGAUCUCGUUUGCAGAGUCGCCGAACGCGCCCCAUGUGUUUGUGGCGCCGUCGGGCGAUGCGACCCCGAUCAAAAUCCUGCCUUAAGCUCCAUCCACUGGAUCAGAAAACGAGUGCUUGCAUCCAA